GCUAAAAUGUCCAUAAAGAUGAUGCCCGUCCUACAGACUCUGAUGGUAACCCUGAACAAUCCAGAUGAGGACAGGAGUGUUUCAAUGACUCAGGAUGACCAUCUCUCCAGGUUGAAGGCUUUGGCUGAGAAGCUACACCUUGAGACAAAGAAGCCUUCAUAUAAGGAGUGGAGAUUUCAGCUAGAGAGCCAGAGAACCAAAGCUCUGGAGACCUCAGUGGCGGUUAAAGAAGGACACAUACAAUCCUGGAAUUCUCUGAAGUGGACAAAAUCAUCAGUGGACUUUCCUGUAAACAAGCUACAAAGGCAUCCACCUGAGAGACUGAAAGGGUUUGGAAGCGUUACUGAGACACUGGAAAGGCUUAGAAAAGAGUUGAGGGAGAUGCGUGUACAGGACCAGCAGCUAGCUCUCCAGCUUAUGCGUCUACACGGUGAUCUUAACAAGCUCAAAAUUGAGCAGGCAUGUAAACAGCAUCGGAAGAUGUUAAAUGAUGCUACAUUUGAGCUGGAGGAGCGCUAUGAGAUGUUGGACCUGCUUUGUGAUGUUCCUGUCACCUCGGGAUUCAGCCUCUCCGCACCGCUUAAGCUCAUUGGCAUCACGAAGAUGAACAUCAGCUCCCGUCGCUUCUCCCUGUGCUAA